AUGGAGAACAACAGCACAGCCAACAAACCCUCCAAGAAACUCAACUUCAACGAAACUGGUGUUUUCCCGUUCCUGUCUUCCUCUGCCGCAAGUCUGGAUUUUACGAUUCCAGACAUUGAAAACCAACUUCUUGCCGUAAAGACACUCGGCGUCGAAAGGAAUUUGAUUACCAGCAGUAAACGGGAGCGUUGGCGACAACAAAAUGUCAACAUGGCAUUUUCCGAACUACGAAAACUCCUCCCGACUUACCCACCGGAUAAAAAGCUCUCCAAGGUAGACAUUUUAAGAACAAGUAUCAAGUACAUUCGGUUUUUGGACAGAGCGUUAAAAGAAAUGGACAAAGCAGAUGAAGAAAGAGAGGGACACAAGAAUGGAAGAGUGGAAUCUCGUUCUUGUGAAAACAGAGAUGGAGUAACCUUUACCGAAGAUCAACACAGGCCUUCUUGCUGUUUCCAUAACUUAGAGAGAUCUUGA